AUGGAGGCAAAUGUUGCCGUUUCCAAAGACUGUUCAGCUAUUGAUGUAACAGAUCCGAAAAACAUCCGGCAAGAUAUAUCGGUUCAGCUUGUCUUGUCCCUUGCGCUAGGGGUAUCCGCCUUCUUUGGCUUUUGUAUCCUCCGGCCAAAAUGGAAGACUCUAUAUGCCGCGCGCAAGAGGCAGUCGGAUGCUGCCAAAGCUCUGCCGGACCUGCCAGAUACAUUCUUCGGAUGGAUGCCAGUGCUGUACAGGGUGACGGAAGAGCAAGUCCUGGCCUCCGCGGGCCUUGACGCGUAUGUGUUUUUGUCCUUCUUUCAGAUGUCGAUCAAACUAUUUGGAAUCAUGUUUCUCCUCGCCUCCGCGAUCCUAGCGCCUAUCAAUAAACACUUCGACUGGCUCCAAACCUUCCGAAACUCUACAGACCCUCGCCAACCCGCGUUGCUGAUGGCACAGAGCCUAUAUAUAGACAGCAGUUGGAGCAAUAAUGCAGAUUUUAUGGCGCUUGUCGAUGGCGACGAAUCGAAGCUUCCUGACACGAGUUACUUAUGGGCUUAUCUUGUCUUCACUUACUUCUUCACUGGCCUUGCUAUUUACUUCAUGGCUCGUCAAACACGUCGCAUAAUUGAAGUCAGGCAGGACUAUUUGGGAAGUCAAUCUACAAUCACGGACCGCACUAUAAAACUGUCUGGUAUACCUCCGGAACUCAGGUCGGAAGACAAGAUCAAAGACUUCUUGGAAAAGUUGGGGAUUGGGGAGGUGGAGAGUGUCACAAUAUGCCGAGACUGGGGAAAGCUUGACGAGAUGAUGGAUACACGAGCCUAUAUUCUACGAAAGCUCGAAGAAGUAUGGACUGCGUAUCUACCCCAAAGUACAGCCAGUGAGGUUAGGAUUUCACAACGGUCCCAUGAGGAACCCCAGGAUGACGAGAGUGAGCCGAACCAUCACGAGCAGGACAAUCUCCUGGGUAAUCAUAUAGGUGCAGUUGAGAAGCCGCGUCCAACUACCCGCAUCUGGUACGGGUUGCUCAAUCUCCAACACAAAAAUGUUGACGCCAUUGACUACUACGAAGAACAACUUCGAAAACUUGAUGAUAAAAUCACUGCUGCGAGACAUAAGGAAUACAAACCAACCGCCCUUGCAUUUGUUACUUUUGGCUCCACACCAGCCUGCCAAAUGGCUAUGCAGGCGGUAUUAGAUCCCGUGCCAAUGCAACUAUUGGUAAAUCCAGCUCCCGCGCCAACUGAUAUCGUAUGGCAAAACACAUAUGUGCCUCGAUCAACCCGAAUGCUUAGCUCCUGGACCAUCACCAUCUUCAUCCUAGUCCUUACCAUAUUCUGGCUUAUUCCAGUCGCCGCUUUGGCCGGUCUCUUGGAUCUCUGCUCGAUUCGCCGGGUGUGGCCGGGGCUGGCGAACCUAUUGGAGAGCCAUUAUGUCCUGAAUUCAUUGGUACGAACAGGUUUGCCGACAUUAGUGGUCUCGCUGCUGAACGUCGCCGUUCCGUUCUUAUACGAUUAUCUAGCAAACAAGCAAGGGAUGAUCUCACAAGGUGAUGUCGAGCUGUCCGUGAUAUCGAAGAAUUUCCUCUUCAUAUUCUUUAAUGUAUUUCUGGUAUUUACCGUAUUUGGUACGGCUAGUUCAUUCUGGCCCGUUUUGCAAGAGUCGUUGCGAGAUACGACAAAGAUAGCCUAUCUACUGGCUGUUUCGGUGCAGUCCCUUAGUGGUUUCUAUACCAACUUUAUUCUCCUUCAAAGUAUCGGCCUCCUCCCAUUCAGACUCUUGGAAUUCGGUAGCGUCGCGCUCUACCCUUUUACCCUGAUGUGGGCUAAGACGCCGAGGGACUACGCCGAACUGGUCCAACCGCCGAUUUUCAAAUAUGGCUUCUACCUCCCCUCUGCGAUCCUGAUCUACAUCUUGUGCAUGGUGUACAGUAUUUUGCCGGCCGGAUAUAUGGUACUCUUUUUCGGGCUGGUCUACUUUACCUUCGGUUAUUAUACCUACAAGUACCAGUUACUUUAUGCGAUGGAUCACCCACAGCACUCUACGGGAGGGGCCUGGCCGAUGAUAUGCUACCGUAUUCUUGUUGGGUUAGGCGUUUUCCAACUCAUGAUGGCUGGAUUGAUUUCAUUAAAGCGUGGAUUCACGCCGGCUGCGCUCGUCGUGCCGCUGAUACCGUUUACGAUGUGGUAUAGUGUCUACUUCGAGCGGACCUACGAACCAUUGACAAAAUUUAUUUCCUUGCGAAGUAUCCGACUCGAAACUCAUUCAGAUGUCAAUAUGGCUGAUGCAUAUAUCGGACUUGGCCGGCCUCCUGGGUAUGAACGGAGAGAAAGCGCAACGCUCGACGAGGAAAGGGAGAGGGGAUUAAGAUACGUAAACCCAAACUUAGUUGCCCCGUUAGAAAAACCAUGGAUCAAUAACGAUUCCGAUUCCAGCGGAGACGUGCCCAACCAAGACCGAGAAGCAAGUGCAGCAAGCUCCAUAAGCCUUGGCGACACUCACAUUUGGCGAGACAACGGAGAUGCAAAUGUUUGA